AUGAGUACCUCAAAUUCUUACCUAUUCACUUCAUUUUCAUCCUCUUCUUCUUCCUCAUCCUCUGAUAGUGAGUCUGAUGAUGAAAAAAUUGUCACACUUUUGGGGGUUUAUGAGAUAAAUAAUGCUAGUAUGAUUCAGAUUUUGCAAUUAACUGAUCGAUCAAAGAAAAGAGGUCCAAUUUAUUCACCUGCAACAUUUCGAAGACGUUUUCGAAUGCGUCAUCCUCUGUAUCUGCGAAUUUUGAAUGCUAUUGAAGCACAUGAUCCAUAUUUUGUUCAAAAACAAGAUACAGCUCAUAUUCUUGGAUUGUCUCCCCUACAAAUGAUGACUUCAGCAAUGAGAAUAUUGUCAUAUAGAGUGACAGUAGAUGCAGUUGAUGAUAAUAUACGUAUUGAGGGAAGCACUGCAAUUCAAAAUUUGCAACACUUUUGUAAUUCAGUAAUUGAAAUCUUUGGACCAAAAUACCUAAGAUCUCCAACAUCAACUGAUAUUGCUAGAUUACUUGUUAUUGGAGAGGUUCGUUGGGAAGUUUAG